CGUGUCUGCGCGAAAGGUCACGGAGCAAGAAUAUUAAUAACAUGUUAUAUUGCUAUUAUCAUCAUAUAUUUUUGUUUGUGCCGCCAUGAAAACACUCGAAAUUAAAAAUCACAAACGAGCAACCAACUUAAUAACUAUUUUUUACUACGUUAUCAUGACCAGUGAAUAAUAACAAACGACUAACGAAAAACAUAAAACAUUCGUCAGAGUAACCUAUCAGACAUUCAGGCACUCAGUCAUCGUCUGUCAGUCGGCUGAAAUUGUUCACGUUUCUUGCGUCCCUUUCGAUUUAUUAAUUAUUACUUCACUUUCCUGCCCCCCCGUAACCGCAAACACUACACGAUGGUUUCAUUUGAAGUCGAUGAAGUUUUGUUCAGAACGUACGUUUUCUACACGGCCGUAUUAGUACUGAAAGUACUCGCAAUGGCCCCGCUGACCGCCAAACAACGGUUCGCGAAAAUGGUAUUUGCUAACCCCGAAGAUACAAAAUUGACUUCAAAAUCUAAAGUGAAGUUUGAUGAUCCUGAUGUUGAAAGAGUCAGAAGGGCUCAUCUCAAUGAUUUAGAAAAUAUUCCACUAUUUAUAAUUGUAUGUUUUGGGUAUUUAUUAACCAACCCAAAUGUAUUUAUUGCUACCAAUUUAAUACGAUUGUUUGUAGCAAGUAGAAUUAUUCAUACAAUAGUUUAUGCUGUGGUCGUUUUACCACAACCGGCUAGAGGUUUAUCGUGGUUUGCUGGAUAUGCAACUACCGUGUUUAUGGCUGUUCAAGUUAUUUUAAGUUUUGUUUAAUAUUAUAGUAUAAAAAAUAUACAAAAGCUCAAUAUUUUAUUA